AUGUCCCCCGGCAAUCGGCAAAAUGCCCAGAUUCAUGGCUUGGUGGGAAAGCCGUUGCUCUACUUCACGAGUGUAUUUGUAUCACUAGGCGUCUUUCUCUUCGGCUAUGAUCAAGGCGUCAUGUCUGGCAUUAUAACUGGAUCGUACUUUCGUGACUACUUUGGCCAACCAUCCCGGGCUACGAUCGGCACGGUGGUAGCUAUCCUUGAAAUCGGUGCCUUCGUCUCCUCGCUCCUUGUAGGGCGUAUCGGUGACUUGAUCGGCCGCCGCAGAACCAUUCUGUACGGGUCUAUCGUGUUCUUCAUCGGUGGUGCUCUUCAGGCAUUUGCAACCAGCAUGACUUUCAUGAUGGUGGGUCGCAUCAUUGCCGGUCUGGGCGUCGGUGCUCUAUCGACCAUUGUGCCCGUUUAUCAGUCAGAGAUUUCGCCUCCCCAUAACAGAGGCAAGUUAGCCUGCAUAGAAUUCACCGGCAAUAUCUCUGGUUAUGCAACCAGUGUGUGGGUAGACUACUUUUGUAGUUAUAUCGAGUCUGAUUACUCCUGGCGAUUGCCUUUACUCUGUCAAUGCAUUAUGGGUGCGUUACUAGGCAUGGGGAGCUUGAUCAUUUGCGAGUCGCCAAGAUGGCUCCUGGAUAAUGACCAUGAUGAAGAAGGCAUGGUGGUAAUUGCCAAUCUCUACGGCGAGGGAGACAUACACAACGAGCUGGCCCGCCAGGAAUACCGUGAUAUCAAAAUGAACGUCCUGCUGCAACGACAGGAAGGUGAACGGUCUUACUCCGACAUGUUUAGACGCUACUCCAAGCGGGUCUUCAUUGCCAUGUCGGCUCAGGCAUUGGCCCAGCUGAACGGAAUCAAUGUCAUUUCGUACUAUGCGCCCCUGGUCUUCGAAUCGGCUGGCUGGGCUGGUCGAUCUGCAAUUCUGAUGACCGGAAUCAACGGCAUUUCUUACCUGCUAUCCACCAUUCCUCCCUGGUAUCUUGUUGAUAACUGGGGUCGGCGUCCUAUUCUUCUAUCAGGAGCGGUGGCUAUGAUGAUCUCCCUUUCCAUGAUCUCGUACUUCAUCUAUAUCGAGAUUCCAGCCACACCUACCUUGACUGUCAUUUUUGUCAUGCUCUACAAUGCUGCGUUUGGAGCCUCCUGGGGCCCGAUUCCCUGGCUCUAUCCGCCGGAGAUUUUGCCCUUGAGCAUUCGCGCGAAAGGAGCGAGUCUGAGCACAGCCUCCAAUUGGGCGUUCAACUGGCUUGUCGGAGAGGUGACCCCUGUGCUGCAGGGCGCCAUCAAGUGGCGACUAUACUUGGUUCAUGCCUUUUUCUGCGCGUGCAGCUUUGUGCUUGUUUAUUUCUUAUACCCCGAGACCAGCGGUGUCCGGCUGGAGGAUAUGAACAUCUUGUUUGGAGACGCAUCAACAGCCAUGCCGACCCCUGCCACGGAAGGGGAGCGAGGCUCUCUGAUGGGCGCUGGCUCGCCCGUUCCUUCGCUUGAUAUUCGUCGGGGUUAUGGGCAGUUUGGCGCCGAGAGCGCCAUCCCGGGACUUGAUAUUGAUCCGCCCAUAUUAAACAACAGUGGUCCCAGCAAAUCUGCUCGACGGGAUUCACAGACUGGUGGUACUCGAGGAGAGGGCAUUGGUGGCUGGAUUUCGAACAUGGUCAAACGCCACCGAGGGCCGAGUGUUGGUAGCAGCCAGAGUCAGUACAGACGGCUUAAUCAAGGCGAGGAGGGAGAUGGAGCAUAG